AUGCCGGUGUAUAGCGUUUCCCACGUCGAGAACGUGCGGGUGUGUGUGGUCAUGGUGGGCCUCCCCGCCCGGGGCAAGCUGCUCAUUGCCCAGAAGAUCGUCCGCUACCUCCUGUGGCUUUCGAUCAAAUCCAAGUGUUUCAACGUCGGUAAUUACCGGAGGGAGCUUGCCAAAGAUGUCGAUGCUUCCCACGAGUUUUUCAGCCCCACCAACGCCGUGGGCACCCAGUACCGUCGCCAGGCCGUCGAGGCGGCGAUUGAGGCGAUGAUGCACUGGUUCAACGACGAACAUGGCGUGGUGGGUGUCUUAGAUGCUACCAAUCUGACACGAGCUCGUCGAGACGAGAUCUUACAGCUUUGUCGGACUAACAGCAUCGAACCAAUGUUCUUGGAACUGUGGUGCGACGACGAGAACCUUAUCCUCCACAAUAUCAUUGAUGUCAAGACUACGAGUCCUGACUAUCAAGGCCAAAGUGCUGAUUUUGCCACGAGUGACUUCUUAAAGCGGAUAAAGCACUACGAACUGACGUAUGAACCCUUAGACCGCGACCAUGACCGCCAGCUAACUUUCGUCAAAUUGGUCAACGUCAACUCUCAAAUCAUGCUUAAUCGCAUUGAACUGUACUUGGAGCUGAGAAUCGUCUACUACGUGAUGAACUUACACAUCAGACCACGCACAAUCUACUUGCUGAGGCACGGGGAACUGGAGUACAAUUUGACCGGUCAAAUUGGCGGCGAUGCUAACUUAAGUGAACGAGGAUGGAAGUACGCUAAGAAAUUACCGGAAUUGGUCCUUAAACUGUUGGGGGAAGACGCCCCUCACACCAAUUUGACGGUGUGGACGCUGACGCUCAAACGCACCCAGCAAACGGCGCUGUUCUUACCGUAUAAGAAAAAGCUCUCGUGGAAGGCGUUGGAUGAGCUUGACGCUGGUGACUGUGACGGCAUGACAUACGAAGAGAUUGAACAGAAAUUCCCUGAGGACUUCAAGGCCCGUGACGAUAAUAAGUACGAGUACCGUUAUCGCGGCGGCGAACUGUAUCGGGAUAUUGUUAUUAGGCUUGAACCGAUUAUCAUGGAGCUAGAACGCCAGGAAAAUAUCUUGAUUAUCACCCACCAGGCGGUGUUACGUUGUCUCUAUGCCUAUUUCAUGAAUAUCCCUCAGGAGGAACUGCCGUGGAUGCUGAUCCCAUUACACACGCUUAUUAAGCUUGAACCGAGAGCCUACCUGACGUUGGUACUGAGAUUAAAAGCCGAUAUCCCUGCCGUGUCGACGUAUAAGGAAAAAGGGACCAGUCAGUUAGGUGAGGCCGAGGGGGCGAAACUGGUCAAACUGAGGGAUAUUAUUAAUGAACUGCCGUGUUCAUGA